AUGGCCACUCAUACCCUUUCGAAGUGGCCCAGGCAGAGUGGCAAACACCCCACAUAUUCCCGCCAAAACCAGGCAGGACAGACAGCACCACCCAGGCACACUUCACCAGUCAGAAGACCCAGCAGCCCGGCCUGUUGGCAGAGGCACAUCUUCAGAGACCUCCCUCACCCACCCACACCUUCUCAGAUGCUCAUGGCACCGCGUGUCCUGCUCUUCUGCCUGCUGGUCCUGGCAGUCAUUGAAGGCCAUUGUCAGGAGGCAGCCAUCCCAGGCUGCCACUUGCACCCCUUCAAUGUAACAGUGCGAAGUGACCGCCAUGGCACCUGCCAGGGCUCCCAUGUAGCACAGGCCUGUGUAGGACACUGUGAGUCCAGCGCCUUCCCUUCCCGCUACUCCGUGCUGGUGGCCAGUGGCUACCGACACAACAUCACCUCUAUCUCCCAGUGCUGCACCAUUAGCAGGCUAGAAAAGGUGAAGGUGUGGCUGGACUGCGUGGGGAACCAGCAGGGGGAGCUUGAGAUCUUCACUGCCAGGGCCUGCCAGUGUGAUAUGUGCCGCCUCUCUCGCUACUAAUGCCUGAAUGGCUCAGGCUCCAGUCCUGACACCGUAUGCUAUGGAUCUCUCCAAUGAAGGGGCAACUUCAGCUCUGCCCCUCGUUAGAGCCAGUGACUGUGACCUCCUUUUACCUGGUCUAUAAGCAGUCCAUUGCUAUGCUGUCCUU